AAAUAAAAUAUCGGCUAAAUUCUACAACAUUUUUUCUGAGCGCUACUUUGCUGAGAAUAUUUCCGCAUAUUCUCUGUAUUAAAAUCGGUAAAAAUGGCUGAAAAUGCAGCCACAGAGGCCGAUACAGCCGAUACAACGGAAACGAUAAACAAUGAUAAUGCUGAUAAUAAAGAUAGCGUAGCGAAACCACUGCAAAUGUCCUUCGCCGAUUGGAAGAAGACGAAAGAGGCCAAGGAGCAGCCUGAAGGCUCCGCAACAACAAACACACGCAACGGACGCAAACCGUAUAAAAACGAGAACAACAACAAACAGCAGCAGCACGGCAACAACAAUCGAAACUAUAACAAUCAUCACGUCUACAACAUCAAUAAUAAUAACAACAACAACAACAAUAACUCAUUUCAACCAUUGAGUCGACCACCGCCGUUGCCUUUUCCCCUGAUGUCCAUGGGCUUUGGCAAUUUUGGGCCAGGUCCCUGUGGCCCAUCGCCAAUGAUGCCGCCCUGCCAAAUGGGUAACAUGGGUCCGGGACCAUCUGGUGGACGCAAGCAUCGACCAUUGCAGCCGCCUCCGUUCUGGGAGGAUAUGAUGUCGCCACAGCUGCGACCGCCGCCCAUACAGCCGCCCAUGCCAAAGUGUCCGAGUCUGUGGAAUCUGGUGCCCAAGGAGAAGCAGCGACACCACAACAACAUCAACAAGCAAAACAGUCAGCCAAACAAGAAAUACAAAUCCAGCAAUAACAGCAGCAAAUCGGAUAACAAUGCUUUACUGGAUGCAGCUUUAAUGCCGCCACCACCACCACCUGGCGGAGCUACAGCGGGAGCCAACAGCAACAGCAGUAGUGGGAGCAGUAGCAGCAACUCCACCAAUAGCAAUUCCUCGGCAAACAAUCGUCUUAUCAAAAAGAAAAAAGGCGGAGGCACUUUUGUCGAAAUCGAUGGCAAAUGGAUACAGAGACCGGAAGCGCCGCCUCCACUGGAAGAAGCGCCGCCGGGCACAAAGGAAGACCGGCAGCGACAGUGGAAGGAGUACAGACAGGCUAUGAAACCGUUCAAGAAUCGUGAAUUUCACAAUUGGAAACGAACCGUGCAACGGCUGAGUAAACUGCCCCGGGAUUCGCUGGACGAGAAGCAAUUGGAUCGGCUGCAGAAGGCUGAGGAAUAUAUUGGGGCGCACAAAGCCAUGCUGACGAUCAAGCAUGCCGAGCAUUGAAAAGCAGCAGUCUAACCAAAAGAACGAUGGCACUGGAAACGCCACCGGU